AUGUCCGAACUCAGCCAAAACUCUGACGAGGAGGUAUGUCCCGAGGACAUCGACGAAGAUGAAAUCCUUGCCAAUCUGUCUCCCGAAGAGCUCAAGGAGCUGCAGUGUGAAAUGGAGGUGAUGGCUCCGGACCCGGAGGUCCCCGUGGGGAUGAUACAGAAAGACCAGACCGAGAAACCGCCGACAGGGAGCUUCGACCACCGGUCUCUCGUCGACUACCUGUACUGGCAGAAGGCGUCCCGACGCAUGCUCGAGGACGAGAGAGUUCCCGUCACCCUCCUGCCCUCAGAGGUAAUGAGCAAAAAACAUAAAUAUUUAUUAGGAGGGAAGGAGCGACGCUACCAAAACGAGCACGUGGCAAACUCGCUAGCGCGGGCUGCGGAGGCGAGCGGAGAGGCGAGUGAUAAGGAGCUGGAGGAGGAAGAGGAAGGCGAUGAAGAGGAGGAAGAAGAAGGCGAUGAAGAGGAGGAAGAGGAAAGCGAUGAAGAGGAGGAGGAAGAAGGUGGCGAGAGUGAAACAACAGAGACUUGCGCCGAUGAAAACGGUCUCAGAGACCAGACAAGUAAGAAACUAGGCACAGACUCGGGCGAACUCGCAGAAAAACAAGACGAAAGUGAAAAGAAAAUAGCAAAAUUAAACAUCCCCAAGAAGCUGGCACUAGAUACUAGCUUCAUGAAGCUAAGUGCCAGGCCCUCAGGAAAUCAAACCAAUUUAGAAGAGAGCUUGGAGAAAGUCCGGAAAAACAACCCGGAUGUGAAAGAGCUCAACCUGAACAACAUAGAAAACAUCCCCAAAGAAAUGCUGAUAGACUUUGUAAACGCGAUGAAAAAGAAUAAGAACGUGAAAACCUUCAGCCUAGCCAACGUGGGAGCCGACGACAACGUCGCCUUUGCGCUGGCCAACAUGUUACGUGAAAACAGGAGCAUCACGACCUUAAACAUCGACUCCAACUUCAUCUCGGGCAAAGGCAUCGUGGCCAUCAUGAGGUGCCUGCAGUACAACGAGACCCUGACGGAGCUGCGCUUCCACAACCAGCGCGGCCUGCUGGGCCACCAGGCCGAGAUGGAGAUCGCCCGGCUGCUGAAGGCCAACCCCACCUUGCUGAAGAUGGGCUACCACUUCGAGCUGCCGGGGCCCCGGAUGGUGGUCACCAACCUGCUCAGCAGGAACCUGGACAAACAGCGACAGAGGAGACACCAGGAGCAACGGCAGCAGCAGAUGAAAGAGCAGCGGGAGCUGAUAACGAUGCUGGAGAACGGACUUGGGCUGCCCCCCGGCAUGUGGGAGAUGCUGGGGGGACCGGUGGCGCGGGCGGGGGAAGCCCCGCCGCCGAAGCCACCCGCCGCCGCGUCCCCGAGCAGGAGGAAGGAGAGCGCGAGGCAGCCGCCCCCCGAGCAGCCGCCCCGGCAGCAGCAGCCCAUCAGCUUCCGGGUGGUCAAGCUCAAGAAGACGCAGCGCAAACCCGCCGUGCCCGAGUACGUGGAGCCUGCGGAGAAAACCAACCUCAAGGACGUCAUCAAAACCCUGAAGCCCAUUCCCAGGAGAAGGCCGCCUCCCCUCGUCGAGAUAACCCCGAGGGAUCAGCUCCUGAACGACAUCCGUCAGAGCAACGUCGCUUACCUUAAGCCGGUGCCAUUGCCAAAGCAGUUAGAGUAAGAGACUGGACAGACGUGAAGAAAACAACUUGGAAUAAAGACUGUGCAAGUUUUGCUUACAA